AAAACUGGAAAGCAAAAACAAGAAAAGGAAGAAAAAAUGAGCAAGUUGUUCAAGUUGUUUUCUGUUUCUGGGAAAAAGUCCAGCAAGGAAGAUGGAGUUUCUAUGGCCAAAGACAAUCAAGAUGCGUCGGAAAGCACAGGCAGAAGGAGCAGUACUAGCAGUAAGAGCAGUGCUAAGAGUGCUAAGAGUGCUAAGAGCAACACCAAGAAGUCCAGGCACAGCAACACUGGCCUGAAGGAUGCUUCCAAAGUUGGAAAAAUCGUUGACACGAGGACUGAAAACGAAAGAAUGAUUGAAGAAUACUUUGCUGUUUUGAACUCUCAUCCCUCUGCUGAUGAAAUUGUCAAGCACUUCACCUCCAGUGAAGCCCCGGUCCUGUUUGAAGACAGCAAUGGAAUGAAUGCCAUGGUGAUGGCAACAGAAAUGCAGAAGAUGUAUGCAGGAUUCAACGAUUUUCGGUUCAACUAUGCUUCCAUCAAAGAAAUCAAGCCAGGUGUGGUGCUUGUGGAUGACGUGAAUGUCACCGGAACGCACACAGGUCCCUACCAGUUUGCCAACUUUCCUCCUGUGGAAGCAACCCAGAAGCAUGUUGUGCUGGAUGAUGAAAGACUUUGGUAUUACGUGAAAGAUGGUAAGAUUGCAAAGUUGGAGCUUACUGCCUUGGGGAACCUUACGGGGCCACCUGGACUCUACAUUUCUGUUGGAGGCAAGAUGGAUAUGCCAGCUGGAGAAUAAGUUGGUACCAGGGAAUAACCGGUUCAACCUGGUUACACACCUGCCUGGGCGCAGAUGAAUCUGAUUCAGCCAGGAAAAGAGACAGUCUGAAGAGUCAAGUAGUAUAUUAGGAUGUGAA